ACGUCCUCCAGCCCCGCUCCCGCCGUGAGGGGCGGGGCUUGCCUGGAGGCGGGGCGCCGGGAUCCGGAAACAGCAGAUCAUCUGUAGCUUUACCACCCAGGCGGUGUUGUUCCUGGCUAGACUUCAUGUCCAGGGUCUGAGGCGUUUUCUCGCCUAGUCUCCUGGGGCGGUCCGGCGGCUGGUGCCCUGUUGUGGGGCCCUCAUUUGCCAACGCCAUGCCCACGGCCGCCGCCCCCAUCAUCAGCUCGGUCCAGAAGCUGGUUCUCUACGAGACCAGAGCUAGAUACUUUCUAGUUGGGAGCAAUAAUGCAGAAACAAAAUAUCGUGUCUUGAAGAUUGAUAGAACAGAACCAAAAGAUUUGGUCAUAAUUGAUGACAGGCAUGUCUAUACUCAACAAGAAGUAAGGGAACUUCUUGGCCGCUUGGACCUUGGAAAUAGAACAAAGAUGGGACAGAAAGGAUCCUCAGGCUUAUUUCGAGCAGUUUCAGCUUUUGGUGUUGUGGGUUUUGUCAGAUUCUUAGAAGGCUAUUAUAUUGUGUUAAUAACUAAAAGGAGGAAGAUGGCAGAUAUUGGAGGUCAUGCCAUCUAUAAGAUCGAAGAUACAAAUAUGAUCUAUAUACCCAAUGAUUCUGUACGGGUUACUCAUCCUGAUGAAGCUAGGUAUCUACGAAUAUUUCAAAAUGUGGACCUAUCUAGCAAUUUUUACUUUAGUUACAGCUAUGAUUUGUCUCACUCACUUCAGUAUAAUCUCACUGUCUUGCGAAUGCCCCUGGAGAUGUUAAAGUCAGAAACUACCCAGAAUCGCCAAGAAAGCUUUGACAUCUUUGAAGAUGAAGGAUUAAUUACACAAGGUGGAAGCGGGGUAUUUGGGAUCUGUAGUGAGCCUUAUAUGAAAUAUGUGUGGAACGGCGAACUUCUGGAUAUAAUAAAAAAUGCCGUGCAUCGUGACUGGCUUUUGUAUAUUAUUCAUGGGUUCUGUGGGCAGUCAAAGCUGUUGAUCUAUGGACGACCAGUGUAUGUCACUCUAAUAGCUAGAAGAUCCAGUAAAUUUGCUGGUACCCGUUUUCUUAAAAGAGGUGCAAACUGUGAGGGUGAUGUUGCAAAUGAAGUGGAGACCGAGCAAAUACUCUGCGAUGCUUCUGUGAUGUCUUUCACUGCAGGAAGUUAUUCUUCUUACGUGCAAGUUAGAGGAUCUGUGCCCUUAUACUGGUCUCAGGACAUUUCAACUAUGAUGCCUAAACCACCUAUUACAUUGGAUCAGGCAGAUCCAUUUGCACAUGUGGCUGCCCUUCACUUUGACCAGAUGUUUCAGAGGUUUGGUUCUCCCAUCAUCAUAUUGAAUUUAGUGAAGGAACGAGAAAAAAGAAAGCAUGAAAGAAUUCUGAGUGAAGAACUUGUUGCUGCUGUGACCUAUCUCAACCAGUUUUUGCCUCCUGAGCACACUAUUGUUUAUAUUCCUUGGGACAUGGCCAAGUAUACCAAAAGCAAGCUGUGUAAUGUUCUUGAUCGACUGAAUGUGAUUGCAGAAAGUGUGGUGAAGAAAACAGGUUUCUUUGUAAACCGCCCUGAUUCUUACUGCAGCAUUUUGCGGCCAGAUGAAAAGUGGAAUGAACUAGGAGGAUGUGUGAUUCCCACUGGUCGCCUGCAGACUGGCAUCCUUCGAACCAACUGUGUAGACUGUUUAGAUCGCACCAACACAGCACAGUUUAUGGUGGGAAAAUGUGCUCUGGCCUAUCAGCUGUAUUCAUUGGGAUUGAUUGACAAACCUAAUCUACAGUUUGAUACAGAUGCAGUUAGGUUAUUUGAGGAACUCUAUGAAGAUCAUGGCGAUACCUUAUCCCUUCAGUAUGGUGGUUCUCAACUUGUUCAUCGCGUGAAAACCUACAGAAAGAUAGCACCAUGGACCCAGCACUCAAAAGACAUUAUGCAAACCCUGUCUAGAUAUUACAGCAAUGCCUUUUCAGAUGCUGAUAGACAAGAUUCCAUUAAUCUCUUCCUGGGAGUUUUCCAUCCCACUGAAGGGAAACCUCAUCUCUGGGAACUUCCAACAGAUUUUUAUUUGCAUCACAAAAAUACCAUGAGACUUUUGCCAACAAGAAGAAGUUAUACUUACUGGUGGACCCCAGAGGUGAUAAAGCAUUUACCAUUGCCAUAUGAUGAAGUUAUCUGUGCUGCGAACUUAAAGAAGUUGAUAGUGAAGACAUUCCACAAAUAUGAAGAAGAGAUUGAUAUCCAUAAUGAGUUCUUUCGGCCAUAUGAGUUGAGCAGUUUUGAUGAUACCUUUUGCUUGGCUAUGACAAGCUCAGCACGUGACUUUAUGCCUAAGACUGUUGGAAUUGAUCCAAGUCCAUUUACUGUGCGUAAACCAGAUGAAACUGGAAAAUCAGUAUUGGGAAACAAAAGCAAUAGAGAAGAAGCCGUAUUACAGCGGAAAACGGCAGCCAGUGCCCCGCCGCCCCCCAGCGAGGAGGCUAUGUCCAGCAGCUCUGAGGAUGACUCUGGGACUGAUCGGGAAGAGGAGGGCUCUGUGUCUCAGCGCUCCACUCCCGUGAAGAUGACCGACUCGGGAGAUAGCGCCAAAGUGACCGAGAAUGUGGCCCAACCCAUGAAAGAGCUAUAUGGAAUUAACCUCUCAGAUGGCCUCUCAGAAGAAGAUUUCUCCAUUUAUUCAAGAUUUGUUCAGCUGGGGCAGAGUCAACAUAAACAAGACAAGAAUAGCCAGCAGCCCUGUUCCAGGUGCUCAGAUGGAGUUAUAAAACUAUUCCCUACUGCUACCAAAUGUCUGAAGCUUUUGAGAAAAUUUCCUCGCAUAGGUAAACUAGCUCUUGAAGUCCCUUGAUCAACAUGUCUAGAGGAACCAUGAUUUCCUGAUUUGUAUUUGCCUGUUGUUUCCAAAUACACGAAGCUCUAAAAGAUUUGCUUUGUUUUUAUAUUUAACCAGCUUUUAGAAUUUUAUGAUUUUAGAAAACUAUUGUGGUUUGAUCUUACUUGGAAAGAGUAGAAAUUUUUAUAUUCUUAAAAAUCUUGCCUCUCAAACCCACUUUCUGUUAACUUGCAAAAACACUCUUUAUAAGAUGGUUUUACAUCCAUUAUUAAAGUUUUUAUUCUGUAUGUAUGAUGUCACCAAAAUCCUAAUUAAAUCCUGAAAUGUCUGAAUAAAAUGUAUCCUGUCCUUAUUCUGAAGAGAAAAGGAAUUGAGACUAUCUUGACUUUCUUAACUAUUUUGUUUUACUCUUUAUGUUAAAAAUGUAUGAAUGUCAAAAUAAAAUCAAUUCAUGCUCUUUAAGCAUUUUAUGUCAGAGAAGUGUGUUAGUUUUUUUAAAUAAAACUCUUUUAGGCUUAUUUCAAAACAUAAAUAGCUAAAUUGGUAGCUCAUUUAUCAUGUGGCUUGAAAAUACAAAAGUAAAUUAAAUAGAAUUAGUGUGCUCAAAUACAUUUAUUUUUGAUAGUAGAAUAGAGCUAGGAAAAUUGUUAUGGUAAUCUUAGAAGCAUCAGUAAAUGUUUAACAGAUAGAAAAAGAACAAAAAAAUGUAAUUUUAGAUGUCUUUCUGACAAUGCUGCAUAAAAUUAUAUUGAAGCGUCUUAGGCCAGCAACUUUGUUUUGCACACUCCUAUCUGUUCAUUAUUAUUCCUAUUGGCCCAAAGAUUUUGCUUUUAUUACUUGUUUUGAACAGUUUUAACUCUUAGACUUUGUCAUGCUAUAACAGAAUCAGUUACUGGUUUGUUUAUAAAUCAUGUAGGUGAUUAAAUUAAGCUUAUUGUUAAGUUUAUUGUUUCUCUUUAACCUUUAAUUUUUAUUUAUUUAUUUUUUAAUCUGAAACUUUGGAUAUGUUUCCCUGCAGUCUUAUAAUAAGAAACUCAACUGGUGUAAUCUGAAUUAUUCACAUACUUAUUUAUUCCCAAAGCCUCUCUAUAAUGACUUCUAGAGAUACAAAGGGAUAAUCAGACUUGUGUGGAGAAGUACACGAUGGUAUUUUCAGGAUGUCCCAUAAUGUGCAUACAUGUGUACACACACGAGUGUGAGAGUUUGUGUAUGCAUGUGAGUGUGUAGCGUAUUAGGACUAUGAAAUUUGAGAACUGGAAAAUGAUUAGACAUCAUCUGAUUCUGUCCUCUGAUUUUAUAAGAAUAGUCCUAGAGAAGGUCAGUAGUUCACUCAGAGUUGUUUUUUUUUUUUUUUUUUUAAUUUAA